AUGUCUGAAGUACAGGCUGAAACAACCGUCGACCUUGAAAUCCUGGUUGACCUUGAGCAGCAGUAUGAAAUUCAAUUCAUAGUUUGGUAUUGUUCACGCAUUGGCCAAUUCACUAGAUUCUAUGACGUGGGCUACAAGGACGGCGUGGAACAUGGGAAGAUUCAUGGCCGAAUAGAAGGAAGAGAGUUGGGAAGAGAGAAGGGCUUCGAGAUGUGGGAGGAACUGGGCUUUUAUGAGGGCUUCGCAAAGUUUUGGGACGCCGCCUCGCACCGUCAGGAAGGUAAAGAUAGCCGUGUAUCUCAUAAUGCGCAGCUUCUGCUAGACCUGAUUACUCAGUUUCCGAUGGAGAACCCUGCGCAGACUGAUUCCGCAGACAUUGAUAUCCCGAAGCUCUUUAACCAAAUACGUGCACGGUAUAAGAUGCUGUGCGCCAUAAUGGGUGUCAAACCGAGUCUCAGAGUAGCAGCAGCAUCUCAAAUGCAAACUCGUGAAGAAGAAAGUGGUGCAAGCAGUACCGUGGCGGCGGCGGAGGACGGCGGAGUGAAGACGCAGGUGGUGCCAAUGAAGAAAGCCAGCGUGUGGCCGAUUGAAAGCUCCGAGGAUUCUGGAAGGGUAGACUUUAGCUUCUGA